AUGAUGGAGUGGAGUACCCUGGAACUCAAAGUUAUUUCCUGCAAUGAUCUCAAAGCCUUUAACUUCUUCCAGAAGCUAUCUGUGUAUGCAGUUGUCUCCAUCGUCAACAGCGAAUUGAAGAAGAAAGAGCAGCAGCAGAAGUCUCUGGAGCGCCAAAAGACUCCCACAGACACAGAGGGAGGUUCACAUCCUGAGUGGAAUCACCUGUUGCAGCUUAAUCUCAGACCUCUUGGUGAUGAUUUCAGCCGUCUUUUUGUCAGCUUUGAUUUGCAUUGUGCAGGCGUUGUUUGUGGCAACAAAAUUAUUGGGAAAGUUCGGGUUCCUCUGCAGGAUUUGAUCGAUGAAUUCACUGAAGCUGUGAGGUUUGUCAGGUACCAAGUUCGCGGCCGCGAUGGAAAGCCUAAUGGGGUUCUGAAUUUUUCUUAUAAAAUCAAUGGAACAGCUUCCCCUGAAAUAAAUUUACCACCAGAAGCUGAUCACUCUUCUGCAAAAGUUCAGUAUCCUUCAGUGAAAGACGAUGAUAAGUCACAGAAAAUUAGUUAUCCUUCACUGGAUUUUGUUCAUGUUCCAAUUCAAUCCCCUUUACCAGGCUAUUCUUCACCUUUGCCAAAUUAUGAGUAUAGAUCAACAGCAGAAGUUGAGUAUCCGCCGGUGUUAUCGCCAAGACAGCAACUUAUCCAUCCUGGAAUGAUGUCAAAAGGGUCAUUUUGUCAUCAAUACAUGUCACCAUGCAUGCAAACUCCGGGAUCAUGGUACAUGUUGGAGCCAACUUAUGGCUUUAAUUUGUAUGGUGGCUCUGGAAUUGGGCAUUAG